AUGCCUGGGGAUGGUGGUGGAGAGAUGUUGAAGCCCGUUGGGGAAGAGAAGGGGAAGCAGAUUGCUGCACCUCCUUCCAAAGAUCUAGUAGCAACAACCGUUUCUGCUGCACCUGCUGCUGCUGCUGCUGCCGCUGCUGCUACUGAUCUUGCUGCAGCCUCUGCCGCUGAAGCUCGUGCAGCAGCGGAGGUGGAUCGCAGUGAGUGGCGGUGGCAGCAGCUGAGAGUGGAGCCGGGCGAGUUAGACCUUCACCUCACCUUCGCCACCGGACAGACCUUCAGGUGGGUGGAAACCGGUCCAGGGGAGUUCUCAGGUGUCGUGUCCAACCGCCUGGUCACCCUGCGCCAGCCUGUGCCUCUAGGCCCAGUUUCGGUGUGCAUUCACUCCCCCACUCCCCCGACCAAAGAGGAGCAAGGGGGGGACCAGAGGGAGAGGCAAGAAGAAGGGCUUUCUGAUGCGUUUGUGAGGGUUGCUGAUGGCGCGUUGUCCAUGGCACAAGGGCAUGUGAGGGAACAAGGAAAGGAUGGGGCAACGCAGGAAGCAGAGGAACGAGAAGAGGGAGGAGCAAGAGAAGAGCAGGAAUCGGCCGUUCUGAGAACAGUGACUGCUAAUGGGACUGAUGCUGCUGCCGCUACUUCUGAUCCAAGUCAGGAGUCGGGUUGUGAAGCGGCAGAAGAAGCAGCAGUGAUGGCCGCUUUGGAAGAUUUGCUCAACCUCCAUGUGAACACACUCGAUUUGUACCGUCAGUUUGCGGAGUGCGACACACACUUCGCAUCCCUCCUCCCAAUGAUCACCGGCUACAGGAUACUCCGACAGGAGCCAGUGGAGUGUCUCUUUCAGUUCAUCUGCUCCUCCAACAACCACAUCUCCAGAAUAUCAUCGAUGGUGGAGGUGUUGUCACAGCAGGGUCCCCUCAUAGCCACCAUGAACGGCCGUCCCUUUCAUGCCUUCCCCUCGCUGUCGCGCCUCUCCUCGCUCUCAGAGCCCUACUUGAGGGAGCGCGGCUUUGGCUACCGGGCAGCAUUCAUAGUGCAGACUGCAUGCCAGCUUCACCAGAUGCAAGCCACAAGCGGCACGAGUGGCAGUGAGUGGUUGCAGGCAAUGCGGCAGCAGGCAUGGCAGGAGGUGGAGCGGCAGCUGUGCGUGCUACCAGGCGUGGGCCCCAAGGUGGCGGCGUGUGUGGCGCUGCUGUCGCUGGACCAGCACGCCGCCGUGCCCGUUGACACUCACGUCUGGCAGCUGGCUCAGAGGCACUAUGCGAGCAGCAUCAAGGGCAAAACGCUCACUGCGCGGGUGCGAGUGCAGCUGACACAGGCGCUGGAGCAGGUGUUUGGGCCUAUGUGUGGCUGGGCUGUCAACGCCAUGUUUGCCUCUGAGCUGCCCGCUGUCAAGGCACACUUUGCUGCUGCUGGCCCUGCCACAACCAGCUUGCCUUUGAAAGAAGAGAAAAUUAUUGUUUCGGACUGUACUACUGCUUGA